UCUUGUAUGUUGUUUAUGUCAGAGGACCCAGGCUCUCCUCCUGUGAUCUCAUUGAACCUUAAUAAUCAUGGCAAGCUUCAUAGACCUGUCCCAGUACACAUGUCACGUUUGCCAGAAAAAGAUUUGGAAGAAGAGGAAGAAAGGAAGAAAUUGGCAGAGGUAAAUCAAAACUACAGGCAAUAUGUGAAGGCUAACAGAGUUCAACGGAAACCAGAGGAGGAUCAAAAUGAUACAGAUGAACAAGAAAAUUUGUCAUCAUCAUCUCAGAGUUCUACACCAAGAGGCUCACCAGUCAAUAUUCUAGAGAAUGGUGUUGUUGAAGUUGCUAAUCAAGAAGAGACAGUCUUUGACAGUAUGAAAAUGCAAGAUGACAGUACUACCAGAGAGAAUGAAGAAGAAGAAGAUGAGUCGCAAGAACACUAUGAGCCAGAAAUGACUGGAAGUGAUGUAAAGGAAGAUGACCUCAGUUAUAAUGGAUACCAUGUGCAAAAACCUCAGGACUAUGAAGAAAAAGUGAAUGAUUGGAACAUCAAUGGGGGUGAAGAGAGUCCUGCCCUUGAUAGUGAACAGUCCAAAGAUGAUGCUGUUGUUGAAAUUAAAACAUCAUGGCAUGAGGUAGCACAUGAGUGGGGUGGAAUAGACCAGCCAGUAUCAGACACCUAUCUGCAGAACAAGUUCCUCAGUGUGAGACCAGCUUCACCUGAUUCAGAGACCACUGGUGAAUUUUUUACUCCCCUUACCACUCCUCUACAAUCAGGACCUGGGACACCUGCUCUCUCAGAUUAUGGAGCAAGUGAAGGGAUGGGUUCAGGUUCCACAUCUGAUGUGUUUGAGGAUGCUGGAGAUGUCACACCGAUGCAAGGAGCCAGAACUCCUGUGUUAGAACUCGAUGAGGAUGACAACCCUGGGGAUGUGACUAUUAUCAACCCUGAGAUCACAUGCACAGAUCCUGAUGACGGUGUAGAGCCAGAAGAGGGUUACAGGACACCCACACAGGAGGAUGACAUUGAUCAAGCUUUUGCAAGUUAUGAACGAGAACACCCUAGUGGACAAACGAAAACACUGCAAGAGCAGCUUAACAUUCUUGCUAUGGGCAGUCGAGAGAGUAUAGUAAGUUACUACAGCGAUGCAGGUGAGGGUCGGUUUGGCAACGUAACAGUCACAGGUGAGGUGCUGUUCGGAUUGAAGUACAACAAACACAAACAGCAGCUGGAAAUUCAGAUUCACAGAGCUAAAGAUAUCGCAGCAGCAGACCCAAAGAGGGGACGGUCAGAUCCGUAUGCUAAAGUGUACCUUUUACCUGAUAAAACUAAGGGAGGCAAAAAGAAGACCAAGACAAGAAAAAAUACAUUGAAUCCAGAUUUCGACGAAAUUUUAACGUUUAAGAUUGGAUUUGAGGAGAUGUUGACACGUACCCUGUGGCUUGCAUUGUGGAAUCACGACACGUUUGGACAUAAUGAUUUCCUGGGGGAAGUGAUGUUGCCUCUUGAUACUUAUCAGGACUCAGGCUUCAGCUGGGAUGAUCCGUCACCCAACUGGUAUCCAUUACGAGAGAGACGACCAGAACCGUCCCUAAUGUCGUACUGUGGAGAUCUGACGGUGUCACUGAUGUUUGAACGACCGGAGGAGUCGUCUAAAGACAAGAAGAAAAAGAAGAAAUCCGGCGGCAAAUUACAUAUCAAGUUGAAGGAAGCACGGAACUUACCUGCCAAGGAUGCCAAUGGCUUCUCGGACCCCUUUUGUAAAAGGAGCUUCCCGAAAUUAUUUGACAACGAUAAAAGUGAAACAAAGUCAGAGGCGAAUCCAGAGACUGACCAGACCGACAAUAAGACCCAGACUCCCGCGGAACAAGAGCCUUUGGUGCAGUCACAAGAAAAUCUUGCUUUUGAAGAAGACGAAAAACACUUGGAACCGAAAGAUACCUCAGCUGACUCAGCCUCUUCUAUAUUAGAAACCACGGUGGAACCAAUGGAGAGCGAAAAAUCAUCUGACACGAAAGAGCUGGAGAAAGUAGCAGACGACUCCGGGAUUUCUGUUGAUCACGUGAAUGGAAAUGACGUCAUUUCAACAAAGGAAGAGACAAAGGAAGAUGAACAUGAUCAGGGUCAUAAAGUGAAGCCUGUUCUUGAAUCCAUAAGUGCAUUCGCCAUGCAAUUCAUGGAAGCCAGCGCACCCGAAAUCAAAGUGGAUAAGCCCCAGACACUGUUCUCGGUUGCAACAGAAGAUGCUGAGGAUGCUCCACCAGGGAAACCUCCCCAGUCGCCUAGGAGACACACGGAACAUAACAUUAAAAAUAGGCUACUCGAUAAGAAUUCGUUAUUACCAGAGGCAGCUCUGACCAAGAGGCGACAUAGUGAUUUUGCCGUUUCGGCUCCUCGGCCCGUUAAUGAUGAGCUGGCUACACAAGACUUGAAGAAGCGCGGUUCAGUUGGAGCAGGACAAACUACCGCAAGGAAAGGUUCUCAUCCAGACGUUAUCAGAGCUGGUCGGGGACCCCAAUGGUCACCAAGUCUCGAAAGGAAACGUCUUGAUGAGGCAAAGAAGGGGAAAAAGAAGGACGAAAGAAGGAAGACUUUAGCAGAAUUAGCUUUAGAAGCUGGUUACACACCCAACAUUGAGACAGAAACGCCUGUAUAUCAGCCUGGAUCGUUGCAGGUCAUCAAAGCAGAUCCAUCUAAGGGAAGUUCAGAAAGCUUAUUGAGUGAGCCUGGUGAAGAACAUUUUAGCAGUGUGCCCGUGACUGGGGAAGUGUUUGUGAGCCUGCGAUAUGAGAUGCCGUCCAAAAGGUUUGAAGUACAUGUCCUCAGCGCUAACAAUCUGUCUUCUGCUGAUGCAAAAAGAUCUUCCUCUGAUCCUUAUGUGAAGACAUACCUCCUUCCGGACAGACGGAGCAAACGCAAGACAAAAACGAAAAAAGAUACCUUAAAUCCACACUUUGAUGAAAUUUUAGAGUAUUUCAUGGGAUAUGACGAGCUACUGACACGAACAUUACAUCUGAGUGUGUGGCAUAAAAUGAUUGGACGAAACUGUUUCCUGGGCGAAAUUAAGAUUCCAAUGAACAAUUUUGUUGAAGCGGGAAAUUCCCUCGAACAACCAGUAGCUAAAUGGUUUAAUCUGACCGAGAAGACCGAUGAGAUGGAUGGUCUGCCUUCAAUUCCAUGCGAAUUAGUUUUGUCUUUGAAGUACGUUACGGCUGAUAAAGUAAAAAAGAAAGGAAGAACUAAGGGUGAAUUACAUGUACAUCUGUUGGAGGCCAGGAAUCUACCAGGAAUGGAUGCUAAUGGGAUGUCUGACCCCUACUGUAAAUGUCUUUUAUUACCAGACAAGAAAGGUAAAACUAAGCAUAAGACGCCAGUGAUAAAACGGACCCUGAACCCCACCUUUGAUCACAAGUUUUCUUACGACGAGCUGUCUCCCGACGAUUUGAAGGGGAGAGUGUUGGAAAUCACUAUCUACGACUUCGAUCUCGCUUCCAGUGACGAGUUCCUCGGCGGCGUGCGGUUAGGCCUGGGCACCAGCUCUAACGAAUGGGAUGAUUCAAACGAAGACGAAAGCCAAAUAUGGCAUACGAUGCUUAAUCGGUCUAAUGUCUGGAUUCAGGUUGUUGUUCCCUUGAGGUCGACCAUGGCUUACACGAAAAAUAUGUGAAACUAUAACGAGGGGAACAGAAUGUGAAAUCCAAACACUAAAGCUUAGAUGAAUCACAAAGCACGCUGAAUUAUUCUGAACGAAAAUGCUGACAGAAACUUUGCAAUUCACUCAAAAACGAAAUGCGGUGAUAUAUCCUAAAGUCUUGAUUGAAAUGUAUAAGGACCAUGGAAAUGAAAUUAUAUCAUAGUCACUUUUCAUCUCCAAUAAAAACCAAGUUCAUUUUGAUAGUAUUAAAAUGAAAGAGAAUAUAUCUUACGAAUAAAACCGCAUGUAGAGUAUGAAAACCGCACAGUUGGAAGUUGUCAGCCUCUAGAACUUUUUGAUCUCUCGAGUUGAACGAUUUCCUUCCACAUACUGUAAUCAAGUCAGAUGAUUUCAUGAUGCAAGCUACCAGAAUUUGAUUAGUGAACGAUAAUAGUUUGAGAACUAUUUGUGAUCACUACUAAUGAUGAAAAUGCGUGGGGGCUUUGGAGGAAUAUUUGUAAAAGGUGGAUAGUUGUACUAGUUCGAUUUAUGAUUGCAUGCUAAAAAUAAAAAAAAAUCGACUUAAAAACU